UUUUGGCCCUAAUUUUUAAUUUGCCUAUUAGUUCAGAAAACGAUGGUUCAACGUUGCAAUGCAUUCUGGGAAUAUAAAGAAAGAAGGUAAACAAAAUGGCAGCCCUAACUAGGGAAGCUAUUGAAGAAGAAGUAAGAAAUAUACAAAAUAAAAAGAAAGCUCUUGAAACAAAAGGAAUCGACCGAGACGAAGAUGAUGAAGAAGUCAGAGUGGGUCUGGGAUCAGCAGGGCAUUACGAUCGAGAUAUUUAUAGCACUGGAAAGAAAUCGUUCAUUGGAUAUGACACAUCCAUUGCAGCAAGUGAAGAAAGAGAUGAUGAAGAUGACUCCAGUGCUGCAUUUCAACCAAAACUCUCAUCUUACACAGCCCCACUCAACUUCCUGAAUGACACUCUCAACGACAAAGACUAUGAUCCCAUGCAAGAACACAGACCCCAGAGAGUGCGAGACAAGGAAGGAACAUAUCGGGCACAGCUGAAGAACAGGAUUAUCUCCCCUGAUCGUUACGACCCCUUCGCUGACGGCGGCAAAACCCCCGAUGUGAACGACAGAACAUUUGCCAAGCUCAUGAUGAGCUCUCAGCUAGACAGAGAAAAGGAGUCUUAUGAAGAACAAAUGAAAAAGAAAGCAAAAGCAGGGGAGUUAAGGGUGGUCAACGGCAGUGAUUCACAGAAACAAUCGGCUGCCGCUGCCGAGAAAAAGAAACGCAGGUGGGACCAAGCCUCCGACGAUUCAGGGGCCAAGAAAUCUAAAACAUCAUGGGAGUCUGCAGAAACGCCCUCAAACACACGCUGGGACGAAACCCCGGGACGCAAGACAGGUGCCGAAACCCCAGGUGCUACCCCCGGACAGAGUACCAGAAUGUGGGACGCCACCCCUGGACAUGCCACCCCUGGGGCGGUUACUCCAGGGCGAGACGCAGGGACACCCGGUCAUCAGGGGACACCCAGUGCCAGGAGAAAUCGAUGGGAUGAGACACCUAGAACUGAAAGAGAGACUCCAGGGCAUGGUAGUGGCUGGGCAGAAACCCCCAAAACUGACAGAGGUGGGGACCUGAUUCAAGAUACCCCCACCCCAGGGGCAAGUAAGAGACGGUCCAGGUGGGACGAGACCCCAGGAGCCCAGACUCCUUCAAUGACCCCCAGUGCCAUGACACCCAGCAUGACUCCAGGUAACCAAACACCAGGUGGAUCAACACCCAGUGGAUUUACCCCUGGGGGUUCCACUCCAAGUGGUUUCACACCGGGCGGGAUCACCCCCAGCGGAACGACGCCCACUGGAGCUAAGGCCAUGGCGAUGGCGACGCCCACUCCAGGCCACCUUAUGUCAAUGACACCUGAACAGCUGCAGGCCUACACCUGGCAGAGGGAAAUCGACGAGAGAAAUCGACCACUGUCUGACGAUGAACUGGACUCUUUAUUCCCACCUGGAUACAAGGUCCUACAACCUCCAGCGGGAUAUAUCCCCAUUAGGACCCCGGCCAGGAAGCUGAUUGCCACCCCCACCCCUAUGGCUGGUACCCCCGUUGGCUUCAAAAUGCAGACCCCCGACACAAAGACUCAGAUUGUGGACAUGCAGCCUAAAGGAAACCUGCCAAUGAUGAAACCAGAUGACAUGCAGUACUUUGACAAACUACUGGUUGAAGUAGAUGAAGAAACCCUGUCACCAGAGGAACAGAAAGAAAGAAAAAUUAUGAAACUUCUUCUGAAGAUAAAGAAUGGAACACCUCCUAUGAGAAAGGCAGCCCUCCGACAGAUCACAGACAAAGCUCGGGAGUUUGGGGCGGGGCCGUUAUUUAAUCAGAUUCUGCCCCUCCUCAUGUCCCCCACCCUGGAGGACCAGGAGCGCCAUCUACUGGUCAAGGUCAUUGACCGAAUUCUGUACAAACUGGAUGACCUUGUUCGUCCCUACGUCCACAAGAUUCUGGUCGUGAUUGAGCCGCUGCUUAUUGAUGAAGACUACUACGCCAGAGUGGAAGGGAGAGAGAUCAUCUCUAACCUGGCCAAGGCUGCAGGUCUAGCAACAAUGAUCUCCACGAUGAGACCUGACAUUGACAACAUGGAUGAAUACGUCCGUAACACGACGGCCCGAGCCUUCGCUGUCGUGGCCUCGGCCCUUGGAAUUCCUUCCCUUUUGCCUUUCCUGAAGGCUGUGUGUAAGAGUAAGAAAUCGUGGCAGGCCAGACACACAGGAAUUAAGAUCGUUCAGCAGAUAGCUAUCCUCAUGGGCUGUGCUAUCCUGCCUCAUCUGAAGAACUUGGUUGAGAUUAUUGAACAUGGGUUAGUGGAUGAACAACAGAAGGUGCGGACCAUUACUGCCCUGGCCCUCGCGGCUCUGGCUGAGGCUGCCACACCCUAUGGUAUCGAGUCGUUUGACAGCGUCCUCAAACCACUUUGGAAGGGUAUCAGACAGCACAGAGGAAAGGGUCUGGCGGCCUUCCUGAAGGCUAUUGGUUACUUGAUCCCCCUCAUGGACGCUGAGUACGCCAACUACUACACCAGAGAAGUCAUGUUGAUCUUAAAGAGAGAGUUCCAGUCACCUGAUGAGGAAAUGAAGAAGAUCGUUCUCAAGGUGGUGAAACAGUGUUGUGCUACAGACGGUGUGGAGCCACAGUACAUCAAGGACGAAAUUCUGCCUCCUUUCUUUAAACAUUUCUGGAACCAGAGAAUGGCCCUGGACAGAAGAAAUUAUAGACAGCUGGUAGACACAACUGUAGAAAUAGCCAACAAGGUAGGGGCGGCUGAGAUUAUCCAGAGAAUCGUGGACGACCUGAAGGACGAAGCUGAGCAGUACAGGAAGAUGGUGAUGGAGACGAUCGAGAAAAUCAUGGGAAAUCUCGGGGCUGCUGACAUUGACUCACGUCUGGAGGAACAGCUGAUCGACGGUAUCCUGUACGCCUUCCAGGAACAGACCACAGAGGAUGUGGUGAUGUUGAAUGGUUUUGGUACGGUGGUGAAUGCCCUGGGUAAGAGAGUGAAGCCCUACCUUCCUCAGAUCUGUGGUACCAUCCUGUGGCGUCUCAAUAACAAGUCGGCCAAAGUCCGACAACAGGCCGCGGAUCUCAUCUCAAGGAUAGCGGUGGUCAUGAAAACAUGUCAAGAGGAGCGACUGAUGGGACAUUUGGGGGUGGUGCUGUAUGAGUAUCUGGGAGAGGAGUACCCCGAGGUCCUGGGAAGCAUUCUUGGGGCCCUCAAGGGGAUUGUGAACGUCAUAGGAAUGACUAAAAUGACUCCCCCCAUCAAGGACCUACUGCCACGUCUAACCCCCAUCCUAAAAAACAGACAUGAGAAGGUACAGGAGAAUUGUAUAGAUCUAGUGGGGAGGAUCGCAGACCGAGGGGCGGAGUAUGUCUCAGCCCGGGAGUGGAUGAGAAUCUGUUUUGAAUUGCUGGAAUUACUCAAGGCUCACAAGAAGGCUAUCCGCAGGGCUACUGUCAAUACUUUUGGUUACAUCGCCAAAGCUAUCGGUCCCCAUGAUGUAUUGGCCACAUUGCUUAACAAUCUGAAAGUUCAAGAGCGACAAAACAGAGUGUGUACCACUGUCGCCAUAGCAAUAGUAGCAGAGACCUGUUCACCCUUCACAGUGCUCCCAGCUUUAAUGAACGAGUAUCGAGUGCCGGAACUGAAUGUUCAGAAUGGAGUGCUAAAAUCCUUGUCCUUCAUGUUUGAAUAUAUCGGAGAAAUGGGGAAAGAUUAUAUUUAUGCUGUGGCUCCACUUCUGGAAGAUGCUUUGAUGGACAGAGAUUUAGUGCACAGACAGACCUCCAUGGCAGCCAUUCAGCACAUAGCCCUUGGGGUUUUCGGCUUCGGGUGUGAAGAUGCUCUCACUCACAUGCUGAACUACGUGUGGCCAAACAUCUUUGAGACCUCCCCUCAUGUUGUACAGGCAUUUAUGGGAUCCAUUGAAGGAAUGAGAGUGGGAGUGGGGCCAUCAAAGAUUUUACAGUAUGCUUUACAGGGUCUUUUCCAUCCAGCCCGAAAAGUGAGAGAUGUGUACUGGAAAGUGUACAACACGGUAUACAUUGGUGCCCAGGACGGGAUGAUACCCGCCUAUCCCAGAGUUCCUAACGAUCUGAAAAAUAACUACAUCCGAUAUGAACUGGAUUACAUCCUAUAAUAAGGACCACUGUGUUUUGUUGUUGUAAAUGUUUUAAGAACAGGAACUGUCCAUUAUCUGGAGGACAUGAAAAUUUACCACAAAAAGUUGAAGGGAAAAGGUUUUUCUUGUAUUUUUAAGGUUCACUACAAAGUGUAAUGUGGCAGAUUGACAUUUUUUACAUUAGAAAUGCUCAUGUUUCUAGUUCUAUUGGUCAGAGAUCAGAUGAGCUUAUACUUUAGUAAGGUGUUCUUUUUUUUGCUUGUCUGUUUGUAGGUCUAUCACUAUUUUAAAAUGUUACACCUCCCUGUAGUUUUGAAUUGUUUUCA